AUGCCGACCGUCAAGAGCAAGAAGAAGAAGCCAAAGAAGGAGGUCAGCGAUGGGGAGGAGCAGGGGGAAGUGGGUCUGGAGGUGGAGAUGGAAGAACUGACCAAUAGGAGUCAUUAUGAAAGCAGAGACCCUUUGACUCCAGAGCCGCAGGAUCCAGCACCACAGAAAAAGAAGAAAAAGAAGAAGGCACCUGCUAUCGAUCAGGAAGCAGAGAAUGCUGAUGUACCAAAUGGUGACAUGGCGGAUCCAACGAUGGACGGAGAGGAAAUGACUGUUGCUGUAACCAGAAGGACAAAAAGGAAGAGGAAGGCGAAGGCGACUGAGCACUACAGCAAUGACCUGGGAGCAGAAGACGAUGAUAUCAUCACAGAUGCCCCGUCGCCCCUCCCCCAGCAAUCCCUGUUCGCCGCCCCACACGGACACAGCCAGCCGGUUGGCAAGGUCUUUGUGGAGAGGAACCGACGGUUCCAGGGAGAGCGAGUUGAACAGCUCCGACAUUCAGAGCUGAUGGAUGAUUACAUGGACCACAGACAGAUCUGGACCACCAGAGACAUCGCUUUGAGAGUCCACAGUGGCUUCAGGGUGAUUGGUCUAUUCUCUCAUGGUUUCCUAGCCGGCUAUGCAGUGUGGAACAUCAUUGUUGUGUAUGUGUUGGCGGGUGAGCAUAUGACCACGCUACCCAACCUGCUGCAGCAGUACCACCUACUGGCCUACCCAGCUCAGUCUCUGCUCUACCUGCUGCUGGCCAUCAGCACGGUGUCUGCAUUCGAUAGAGUGAACCUGGCUAAGGCCUCCAUGGCCCUGAGAGGAUUCCUCACCCUGGAUCCUGCUGCUCUGGCCUCUGUCUUGUAUUUUAUAGCCCUGAUUCUGUCCCUUAGUCAGCAAAUGACCAGUGAUCGCAUCAACCUCUAUCCUACUGCCAACGAGACUCUGUGGCCUCCAGGUUCAGAGCAGCAGAUCCUAAGGCCAUGGAUUGUAGUGAACCUAGUGGUGGCGCUGUUGGUGGGCCUGGCCUGGGCCGUUGUCUCUACACGGCCGGAUAUCGACUAUACAGAAGAGUUUUUGAUGACAAUGGAAGUAGAAGGAUACCCAAGAGGAGACGAGAACUUGGACAUCCCUGCCUGA